CAAAUUCCAAAACCUCCAUUUCCGUCUUGAAUCUCCUUGAUCACAAAUGGCUUUAGGGCGAUUGCAGACGCUUCGAAACAUCUUUGAAACAGUUCAAAUUCGAGAGUUCUCUACCUUGCUAGCCAGCUCAAGAAGCAAUUCAAAAUCUAUUUCAAAUGUUCCACAUAUCACACUGAGGUGCAUAUCAUCCUGCAUCUAUAAGGACCAUGGAGGUAUCCCCUGGACAUCUGGAGAUAAAAUAAUGCUCCAUUCAACUACGACACAGGAGCCAAUAAGCUAUGGUUACAUGCGAUCAGUUACAACAAAAGCAAAAGCUCCAGCCCAAGCGCGGCAAAUGGGAGCAGUCAAAGUGUCUAUGCUGAGUCCUGGAAUCAUAUAUGAGCCUUAUGUCCCUCGUGAGAAAAUCCCAUUCUGGAAGCGGUAUUUCACUAGAAAUGGUUGGAAAAGGACAAAGGAGGAUCUUACUUCAGAGCUAAAAAAUGCAUACGCUAUUGCUAAAUUACGAAAAUCUGGAUAUUCAAAAAAACAGUUCUAUACUGAAGCUGUUACCAUAUACAAAGAGAUAAAUACCCAAAUGGCAAAUGGAGGAAAGGGAACUUUGAGGAAAUUAGUUACGGAGCAUAUGUACUCUGCUCUCAAGAAUGAGAUCAAGCAACGAGAAUCAGUGUGGCCUACUGUCUACUGGGAACUAAUUGAACCAAUUGUAAAAGUGCGAACUCUGCGAGCUCGAUUGAUUGGUGUUGAUCGAAAUGAUCUGAGUAAGGUGUUCAUACAGCUUACACUUGAGUUUCUGGCUAAGCAGAAGUUUGAGGCAUAUGAUGGGAAAGGAGCUGUUGUCUCUGGAGAUAGAAAUAAGGAGGUCUUGGUACGUGAUAUAUGGGUUUUUGAGAAGUCUCUCUUCCACCCUGGAGCAUACUGGCGUUUAUGUGGACGAAUCAAAGUUUAGAUAGACUAAGUGAAGAGGGAGUGAUACACUUCAAUUUUGUAAGAUGCUAAGAUUUGUAACUUAUCCAAUCCUUAGACACUACAUGUCUUUGUUUCUCUCAAGCUAAUUAGUUGGGACUGCCUCAUGGGUCGAAGAGUACUUUUGUGUGCCUUAUCCCCGAGUCCAUUCAGAAAAUUUCCUUCAGACUUGUGUAUCUGCCAUUUUAUGACUUAAUAAGCAGGUGUGGUCCUGAAUAAUCGUUCUUAGAAGAAAACCUUUAAAGAUGUAUUUUUAGUUUUUUGUAAUUGUUUUGAAGUGUUGUCAGUGUGAUUUAAGGGAA